AUAAAUGGCUCAUUAUAGGUGCCUGCGCCGUGGACUCGGAUUGCGAGUACGGAGUAACUUGUGAUUUGACUACAUUGAUGUGCAUGUGUGCAGCUGGGUACACUGGUACAACCUGUGGAACAGGUGCCUGCGCCGUGGACUCGGAUUGCGAGUACGGAGGAACUUGUGAUUUGACUACAUUAAUGUGCAUGUGUGCAGCUGGGUACACUGGUACAACCUGUGGAACAGGUGCCUGCGCCGUGGACUCGGAUUGCGAGUACGGAGGAACUUGUGAUUUGACUACAUUGAUGUGCAUGUGUGCAACUGGGUACACUGGUACAACCUGUGGAACAGGUGCCUGCGCCGUGGACUCGGAUUGCGAGUACGGAGGAACUUGUGAUUUGACUACAUUGAUGUGCAUGUGUGCAACUGGGUACACUGGUACAACCUGUGGAACAGGUGCCUGCGCCGUGGACUCAGAUUGCGAGUACGGAGGAACUUGUGAUUUGACUACAUUGAUGUGCAUGUGUGCAACUGGGUACACUGGUACAACCUGUGGAACAGGUGCCUGCGCCGUGGACUCGGAUUGCGAGUACGGAGGAACUUGUGAUUUGACUACAUUAAUGUGCAUGUGUGCAGCUGGGUACUCUGGUACAACCUGUGGAACAGGUGCCUGCGCCGUGGACUCGGAUUGCGAGUACGGAGGAACUUGUGAUUUGACUACAUUGAUGUGCAUGUGUGCAACUGGGUACACUGGUACAACCUGUGGAACAGGUGCCUGCGCCGUGGACUCGGAUUGCGAGUACGGAGGAACUUGUGAUUUGACUACAUUGAUGUGCAUGUGUGCAACUGGGUACACUGGUACAACCUGUGGAACAGGUGCCUGCACCGUGGACUCGGAUUGCGAGUACGGAGGAACUUGUGAUUUGACUACAUUGAUGUGCAUGUGUGCAACUGGGUACACUGGUACAACCUGUGGAACAGGUGCCUGCGCCGUGGACUCGGAUUGCGAGUACGGAGGAACUUGUGAUUUGACUACAUUGAUGUGCAUGUGUGCAGCUGGGUACACUGGUACAACCUGUGGAACAGGUGCCUGCGCCGUGGACUCGGAUUGCGAGUACGGAGUAACUUGUGAUUUGACUACAUUGAUGUGCAUGUGUGCAGCUGGGUACACUGGUACAACCUGUGGAACAGGUGCCUGCGCCGUGGACUCGGAUUGCGAGUACGGAGGAACUUGUGAUUUGACUACAUUGAUGUGCAUGUGUGCAACUGGGUACACUGGUACAACCUGUGGAACAGGUGCCUGCGCCGUGGACUCGGAUUGCGAGUACGGAGGAACUUGUGAUUUGACUACAUUGAUGUGCAUGUGUGCAACUGGGUACACCGGUACAACCUGUGGAACAGGUAUUUCAGAUACAACAACUAAGGCAACAAUCGGACCUACUAGUCAAGCUCCAACGUCAGGUAUUUCAGAUAGGACAACGGAGGCAACAAUAGAACCUUCGAGUCAAGCUCCAUUGUCAGUUCUUUCGACGCUUGCGAUCAUCGGAAUAUAUGGGGGAUCGGUACUUCUGAUCGUUCUGAUCGUUUUGAUCGUGCUUGUCGUCGUUCUGAUCUGCGGACUGAAGAAACGUCCACCACCGAGGAAGGUAAACCCUUCAACAGACCAGGCUGAAGUUCAUGACAACCCUACCUACGUCGAUGCUUAGUCUCGGCAAUAAACUUCAAAAUGGCGAGUGGAACGAAGAGUGAGGACAUAGCUACUGGGUUAUUUUAAUCUCGUGCAUGGGCAGAUAAACUUGUCGAUACUUUUGGGGAGCUCUUUUACUUUUCAUAAUUUGUAUUUCUUUUUCCUUUUUUUGAUUCUAGAAAUCGUUUCGUUGCUAUUAGACAAUUUUUUUUAAAUGUUCUUAAGUUUGAAUGAAAUACCUACAUCUCGUGAUACGGUGGUAUCGAUAUCUUGUUAUUUAUUGUUUCCAAGUUAGGUUUCCGUCAAUGAUAACUCGGAGAAAUGUUGAACUUGUUUCUUUAGAUUAAGCUAUUCCAUCAAUUUUGUUCCUGCAUGUGAAAUUGUUCCUAAUGUUAAUUUAAUUUACCGGUGCAUCAAGCUCGGAAUAAACAAAAUAGAGUAGUAUGAUAAGCGUAUAUAUGUCAGAUAGUGGAGAAGUUUGAAGUAUUAUUGAUGUAUUAAUGAGAAAUAGAAGUGGGCCUAGGAUGGAUCUUUAGGGGUGUGGCACAUGUUAUGUGUUGAUAGUAUUAGGAUUUAGAGUUGUGUCAUUCGAAUUGUUUUCUAUUAGAUAAGUAGUCUUGGUACCAGGGGAGUGUGUUGUCUUUGAUACCAUAAUGUUUGUAACGUGUGUAUUAAAAUUCUUUAAUCUUAAGUAUUAAAGGUCUAACUUAGGUCCAUAAGUAGACAUGUUCACCAUUGCAUAAAGUAUUCUUAAUAUUAUCAUAUAAUUGGGGCAGGGCAAGAUCGGUGGAGUAAUUGUUUUCUAAAGCCCAAUUGAUUUCCAUUUAUUAGGUCGCAUUUAGUUAGAAAUGCAAAUAUUACAUUGUUUAUUAUUUAUUUCAAAAUAUUUUGGAAUGCUCGGUUACAAUGAUAUUAGACGGUAAAUACUUAAUUUUAAAGGUAAGGUCAUCUUUCUUUGCAAAUAGGAAUAACCUUCGCAAUUUUAAGCGAAUUAGGAAACAUUCCAGAGGAUAGAGAUAGAGCAAAAAUAUAUCCAAGAGAAGGACUAUCAGGCCAAUAAUUUUCUUAAAGCCCUACUGCACUACUUAUAGCUACUUGCGGCCUCUAUAAAGCAAACAAUGCCUAAGUGGUGACCGACCCCCCCCCCCCCUCAUGGUCCCCUUUUAUUAUGUUGAUUAAGGGCUGAUUUGAUGAGAUAACCACUUGUCAGUGACCAUGCAGGAAGGUCUAAUACCUCCUGGCCAAACUAGUGCAGAUAGGCAUUAAAGGCUAAAGCCAAUCCAAACAUAAUUUGCUUUUAAUAGAUGCAGAAAAACAAGAGAAACAGAGCAAAAGAAUUUGAAUAAAAACGGAUAACUAAUAUGGAAUAUAUGAUUUUUAUUAAAAGUAUGAACAACUAUAGAACAUAGAAAAUCACUACACAAAUUGCAAACUUGGUUCUCAGUUUAUAACGUCUUUGCCUCACUAUUUAUCAAUUGCUUUAUAUAUGUUUAUCCCAUUAAGUUCCCUUUUUAUCCCCCACAACUUGAUUUCCUCAUGUCUUUGCCCAGUUUAUAUGAUUUGUUUCAUAUUACGUGCAUGACAUUUCACACAAUCUUUUAGGAACUUUUAAGAAUUGAUACUAUUUGAAACUAUUGAAACUAUUUUAUCAUU